AUGGAAGUAAAGGAUUAUGAAAAUUUAAAAUUUUUUAAUUAUAUUCCGAUAAAUAAAGAGUUAAAAAAAUUAUGCGUACCAUGUCCUGAAACGGAUGAAUAUGAAAGAAAAUUAGAUGAAGAAAUGGAAGAACAAUUAAAAAAUGCUUUUCAAGGAAAUAUUCUUGAUCAGAUAAAUGCAAAAAACAUUAAUGCUGAUUUGAAAAGAGAUUUAAGAAAAAAAUUAAAUAUUUUAUCUAGAAAAACAGAUAAAGCUAUUAUUGAAUUAAUAAAAAGGAAAAUAAAUGAAAAUAAUGAUAUCCCAAUGUCUAACGAAAAUGAUGAAAAUACAAGCAUAACACUAAAUUUUGAAAAAAAAAAUGAUAACUUUGGUCAUGUUUUAUAUCAAACACUUAACAAAUUAGAUGAUAUGGAUAAGUCAGAUUAA